UCGUCUCUUUGAAAAAUUCUCGGUUUGGCUGCAUUCUGUCGCCACCAGACCCUCAAGCUUCUGCAGAGCUCGACGCGGGAAGAAAGCUUGCACGAUCGAAAUCGUGUCUCCGAUUUCAUUUCAGCAAUUCAGUCGUCCUCGCGCCGCCCUUCACCAUGAGUGCCAGACCGAUGGAAGAAGACACGGAAAAGACCGAGGAGGAAGAGUUCUCUACUGGCCCCCUUUCUGUACUGACAAUGUCCGUGAAAAACAACACACAGGUAUUGAUCAAUUGCAGAAAUAACAAGAAGCUGCUCGGUCGGGUUAAAGCUUUCGAUAGACAUUGUAACAUGGUUCUUGAGAACGUGAAGGAAAUGUGGACGGAGGUGCCCAAGACGGGGAAAGGCAAGAAAAAGGCGAAGCCCGUAAACAAAGACAGGUUCAUCAGCAAAAUGUUUCUGCGGGGUGAUUCCGUCAUAAUUGUACUCAGAAACCCUAAGUAGAAGGUUCAUAUCGAGCGGUUUGGUGUUUCCGCACCGGAUUAGGUUAGAAGUCCCUAAUGUGGCCAAGAAGUAGGGUGAGCACUGCCGGGAAUCUGCGACAGGUUUUCAGGCACACCAGGUGUAGAAAAGAUGAUCCUGCAGGUAGAAUGACUUGGCGGCUUUGGCGGCUUUGUACAAGUAGUGUUUCUCGCUUUAUCUGUUGGUUAGCUCGGAUCGGAUUCGAGACGCGUAGUGCACUCAUAUAGCAGCAUAUACUCCAUAUUUUGCGUAGGAAAUAGACAGGAGUCCGCUGCGAAGAAAGCCUUUGUACACCGCACCUCGUCGUCGAAUCAACUCUACAGACGUCGGCUGGGGUGGUAGAAGAUCUUUAAUGGUAUUUCUAGAUCUUAGGUGUCUUUCAAGGCAACGAGAAAGGAAGCAGUCUUACGAAAGUCUUCCAUUUACCUCCGGCUUCUUAUUUCUGGCAAUUUUUGUCUCGGUUGUUAUUGUAGUAUUCAACACAUUUGCAAAGCUGAGGUGUUCUUGGUUCUUUAAAUGUACGGACUCGGGCAGUGUUGAAAGAGCACCCUACACCAGUACUUCUCACUGCUUUCAACCUCCGAGUAGAUGGC